GCAGUAGUUAUCGUUGCUGUUUUGCUCUCUAUUCCUCACAAGGUUACUAUUAAUACUGCUGGAACAUGAAAAUUCAGCUUUCCAGCGGCCCCGCCUUUGCGUCUACCCCGCCAUGAGCUCGUCUCUCGAGGCCAAGAUCGUCAUCUUGGGCUCGCAAGGUGUUGGCAAAACGUCCCUUGUCCAACGCUAUGUGAAGAAUGCUUUCAGCCCCGUAGGAACCGCGUCCACCGUCGGCGCAUCCUUCGUUACCAAGCGUGUUCUCGACAGUGCCUCUGAUACAAUUGUCCGUCUGCAAAUAUGGGACACGGCCGGACAGGAGCGGUUUCGGAGCAUUUCCAGGCUGUACUACCGUGGCGCUAACGCUUGCCUCUUGUGUUACGAUAUUACGGACGAGCAGAGUUUCCAGGAAAUGACAGGAUGGUUGUUGGAACUGAAGAACAAUUUGGGCGACGAGGAUCCCGUUGUCAUCCAUGUGGUCGGGACGAAAUCGGACAUUGUUGCACUGGACCCAUCACGUCGCCGUGUUCCCUUUGAACGCACGAUCGCCUACGUCGCCGAACAGCUGUAUCCAUCUCAAGCGUCGACACCACCCCCGACUGCCGGCGUCAGCCAUUCGUCUAGCACUACACUGCAGGGCCUUGACAGCAAGCGCAGCAGCGGAUUCUGGGGACAGGACAUUGGAUGGGAUUGUUGUCAUGAAAUCAGUGCCAAGGAUGGCGAGGGCAUCGAGGAGGUCUUUCAGGUCAUCACACGUAAAUUGGUUGAGCAGCGCAAUAAACAACUCGGGGUUACCUCGUCCCAAGGGUCUGCAUCUGGAAUGGACGGCGUGACAUCGCCGGUAGGCCCGCCUCUCGAUGUCAACGGCAGCUUUCGGUUGGGCCAUGGUGACAAGCGUCGGAGCUGGCUUGGAUUUCCGCCGAGUAGCGUUGGUGAUGAAAUAGACGAGAGAAUCGAAAUUACGAAAAAGAAGGGAAGAUGCUGCUAAAGUCUCUUCACCGUUUCCCUUGUUCCUGCGUUUGGAACAUCUCGACAUUCACUUACAUUCGGUACUUUCGCAGCCCAUUGUAUUGAUCUGGCGUUCUUUUUUGAUAUUAUAUAAAUCGUGUAUUGCAUAUUGCAAGCCUUUCGCUCUUCUCUCCUUUUCUCUUUUUCUAGCUUUCCCCUCUCUUUUGAAUCUCUACCCUGGCUUACUUUUCUUUGUUACCCCUUUUGUGAAGAGCGUUGAUGCCGUUUUCUGUAAGUCAGUCA